GCACGGCUACGGGCAGUGGAGUGACAUCAUCAAUGACGAUAAAUUGGGCCUCGCUGACGUGGCAUGCGCUGAGCUGUCGCUGCCACCCGUCCCGCCGCGCAACAUGAUUGGCCUUACCCUCGAGGACAUCCCGGCCGUUCCACCUGCCCCAUCGCCUGCCCAACCCACCAAUCCUGGUGUUGCAACCACCAAACCUGCUGAUGCGCCCACCAACCCUGCUGAUGCACCUACCAGACCUGGUGCUGUGACCAUUAAUGGUGGGGAUGCCAUGGGUGAGACGGCAUGUGUUAGGGAGGAGAGGAGGGCAGAGAGGAAGGCAGCAGAAGCGAAGGCAGCAUCAGCGCAAGAGGGUGCUGAGGGGGAUGGCAUGACUGCGGGUGUGAAAGCUGAAGCAGGUGCUGCUGCGGGUUCACAUGGUGCUGAGGGUGGUGCUAUUGGUGUGUGUCCCAUGUAG